AGGUCGACAGCUGAGAUAUGGCUACGUAGUUCGUUCUGGCUGUCACAAUAAUCGUUUAACUAGUAUUGAGUGCCAUCCUCUUCAUAGCUAACAGAUUUUGCGAACUAUCCAAGUAGUUCGCAUACCCCACCCGAGGCUUUUUGGUUGCCUUAUUAUGUAUGUAUUCUAGUUGGUUACUUCUAGGUUUCCUGUGAGAUUAAGUGACUGCUUAAUAUAAAGCUGCCCAUUCCUUAAGUUCGAUGAUAUUUUAAUCUCCUUGCUUUACUGAUAUUUGUGAGAAAGCUCGAUACUGAAUACCUGUCCAUCAAUUAUUGCGUGUCUCCGGAAACAUCCCCUCAUUAAAAUUUUGAUCUGCCCAUCAUACCACAGACCCAAUCCCGUGGCGACUCUCCGGUCCUUCAUCUUUGGCAUUUCUAUUGUCCAUUUUCAACAACUAUAAACUCAUACAGCUUAUUUACCUUAUUAUCUUUCUAAACUUGAGAGACCAUGGCGGGUCCCGAGCAACUAACUAUUUCGACUUCAUUUAUCAGUCACUUACGGAAGUCUUCGCGGCUCACGUGCCCCAUGGUGGGCUGCGAAGACCAUUAUCUUGCCACUGAUAAUGGAAUACGUGAGCACUUCAAGUCAAAACACAGUGAAUUCAUACGCGGAAAAGAUAUUAGUAGUCUUAUACGCGAUGUGAAGGAGGGACGGAUUCCUGGAUCUCAGGGCGUUGACCCUUCGUCUACAAGAGAUCCAGGAGGUGGCAACCCAUCUGAGGCUCAAGGGAUGACAGACGAAGCUGGCCCAAGCUCUAAGAGGCGUAAAUCUCCGGCCACUUCUCAAGUAGAACAAUCUAGGCCUCAGUCGAAUAGUCCACCUAGGAGAUCCCGAGCCCGCCAUGACCCCGACUUUACUCCAAGAGGCCCUCAGCAGGGCAAAUUAUGGCACCCAGAAGAAGACUCUACCUCGUCGCCCUAUCGGACAAAGCAAAGAUCAUUUAAACCACUUAAGCAUAUGGCAACUUCCAAAGCAGCUGACGCUCCUAAGGAAGAUAGUGAAUCCCUUCGACUUAUCAAGCAGCCGGAGACCCGGCCGAUCAGCCAGGAACAGUUAGUGGCAGAAGUUAAAGGCAUCUACGCUGGGCUGAUGAUGGUUGAAUCGAAGUGUAUUGAGGUGGAUAAUGCACAAUCUUCUCAAAAUGAUACCAAAUUAAAUAACGAACAGUGGCAAGCUUUGAUAGCUCUGCAUCGUACGUUGCUGCACGAGCAUUACGACUUCUUCUUAGCGUCUCAGCAUCCCUCUGCAAGUCUAGCGUUAAAACGCUUAGCUUCGAAAUAUUCUAUGCCGGCACGGAUGUGGCGACAUGGCAUACAGAGCUUCCUCGAGUUAUUACGGCGUCAUCUGCCGGGGUCUCUCGAGCAUAUGCUAACAUUCAUUUACUUGGCAUACUCUAUGAUGGCUCUUUUAUAUGAGACCAUUCCAGCUUUCGAAGACAUAUGGAUUGAAUAUCUAGGUGAUUUGGGACGAUACAGGAUGGCUAUCGAAGAUAAGGAUAUUAAAGAUAAAGAGGUUUGGACGUCAGUGUCCCGGCAUUGGUACUCGAAGGCUGCCUCCAAAGCACCAACUACGGGGCGCCUCUACCACUACCUUGCCAUUCUAGCGCGGCCCAAUGCGCUUCAACAACUCUUCUACUACACGAAAAGCCUUUGUGUGCCUAUACCGUUUGGGUCGGCUAAGGAGUCUAUCAUGACUCUCUUUAACCCAAUCCUCGAAGUUCGUAAUUAUCAACACAACCGUCUGAUCCCUAUUGAUGUGGCAUUUGUUAAGACUCAUGGUAUCUUGUUUAGUCAUAAACAGUUAGACAACUUCCGCCAAUAUGCUAGUGAGUUCUUAAGGUCUUUAGACAACCAUAUCGACCGAAUUGCGAAGCAUUGGAUGGAAGCUGGGUACUAUAUUGCCAUCGCAAAUUGCUGUGCUCUUUUGUCGUACAGCAAGAAAGAUAAUGUAAUCAUGAGAUCGAUUCACAGUGAAAGCGAUGAGAAACAGGACCAAGGUGUGGGAGGGUCUGGAACUGAUGGUUUAAAGCCGUCCAGGGAUUUCGAAGAUGCCCUUUACCUUGCCAUGGGAACACAUGAAGUCGUCUUCAAGCGGUGGGAUGACGUCAACGUAUUACCAUAUACCCACGUUGUUAUGGUUUUUAUGUGUUAUCUCGUACAUCUUCCUAAUGCGUUUCAUCAUCUCGAGCAUCUAUUCCCAUGGAAGUUGCUUUCGUUGAUGCUCAACGGACUGCUCGCCGGCUAUAACAACUACGAUCGGAUCCACAGCAUUGAGUUCCCGAGGGAAAGCAAUGAUCCGCCCUGUCCGUUGCCGGAGGAUUUUGCACUCGAGGGCCUUCUCUUCGUCGACCAGUACUACCCGUCGGACUGGUUUUCGGACGAUAAGAUCGAUGACGAUGAGAAAUAUUUUGAGAUGGCUUCGAUGACGGCCGUCAGAAAGGAAAGGAUACUUUGGCUCGGCUACAAGAUUGCUCAAUCCGAAAGAGGGUUAACAUACGACAAAGAGACAAAUCGGUUCAGUGUGCUCUCCAAGUAUGAGAAAGUGAUUGAUGAAAGCUUUGAAGACCUCAACAUGAACAUUUGAAGGGCUGGGGAUGUAAUGGACAUUGAUGAAAACUAAACAGUGUU